GUAAACAUUCGGUAUUUUCCCACAAGCCGGAUCUUUCGCUAAAUAUAAAGGUCGACGUUAACAGCGUUACGUUAAAACGCUGAAACGUUUUGAGAAUACCUACGAAGUGAAAGAUAAAAUGAAGUUCUUCAAGUAUUUUCUCAUCGCCAUUGUGAUUCUAGCUUUACUUGACCCCACGGAGGGUGGAUGGCUAAGGAGAAAAUUAAAAAAGCUUGGAAGAGGUAUCAAGAAAGUUGCGAAAAAGGCUGUUAAAGCCAUCAAAAAAGUUGGAUGCAAGAUAUUGUUUGGGGUCGGUUGCCCUGUUGCAGUCGGGGCUGUUGGCACAGCUUUAACGGUAGGAACAACCGGGGUAGGGUCUAUGAUCGUUGGAGCUGGUGUGAUAGCCGGUACACAUGCCUGUCAUGUACGGAAAAGCAGAUGCAAGAGAAGUGUUGAAAUGACAGAAGUUUUGAUACCAUUUUCGGACGAGAUGUCAGACUACGAUAUGAACGGUGACAAGCUGGUCACAUAUGAAGAGUUUGUUUUUGCUGUGUUAGGAAGCGUUAACCUCGCAGACCCAGAAGAACUUAUUGAGCCUUUUUUAUUUGCUGAUUUUGAUGGAAACGGAGUUCUAGAUACAGAUGAGUUCAAUGGAGCUCCAUUUUUAUUUGCACAUGAAUUUAUCGACGAUCAAAUUGUGAGUUCAGCCGCAUAAGGAGUAGGCGCACUAAGCAUAUAAGGGAGGACCACAUUAUUUACAUUCGAAAUUACCAAAGAUUGUUUUUAUUAAUUUGUAUUGAUUUACCUUUUGUUACAUGUAUAAAAAGAAAUAAAUCGUUUUUAUUCA